GAUUACUCGAUCUAGUGUUGCCUCUGAGCUACUUCACGGUGGACCAGUCUGAUCUCAGAUCAAAUUGUGCAUCGCUCCAGCGCAAAGUACCUACUGCACUUUCUAUGCCUCUUACUGUUCUGCGGUGUCAAUGACCUCGAUGGUCACAUCGGUAUUCUGAAUGAAGGGUUGAAUCAGGGUAUAAUGAAGAUUGAUCUCGAUUCGAUAAUGUUCAAGUAAUAAAGUCAGCGCGACUAUCGAAAUAGGCCGUUGGAUAUCGAAAUAGACGAAGACGAAGAGAUACUGGAAGAAGGAAGUGUUCACGGGAAAGAUCCUCCGUCUCGGUCAAAUCGUCUCAGAUUUAAUUCAGAAAAGGCAAGAAAAAUCGAGAAUGAUCAAAACGAACACCUAUGGCGUGAGAGUGACGCGUGCUAAUUGAGCUCAAAGGUAGUGGCUGAUAUUCAAUGAGUGCGGGUGAUGACAGAUGUGUCGGUCGUUGUCGCGGAGUGUGACCUAUCGCCGUUUCUAUCAGCGCAACGAACCGAUUGCGUUGAAACAACUUAAAUAAAGUGAAAACGUGAAAUUAGGAUUGAAACGCAAGGAUGAACCGCGCCGCGAAGUUCUACAAGCUACUGGCAGUCUUCCUCUGCUACGAAGCCUGCAGCUAUAGCUUGAUCCUAGAGGAGGACAAGGAACCGAAUUACCUUACGGCCGGGGUAGGAGAGUACGCGGUGUUCAAUUGCGAUCUCGAUUUUCCGCACGAGACGCCGAUUCCGUACAUUCUUCAAUGGAAUCGCGACGGUCGCACGGUAUUCUCUUGGUACGACGGACAGGCGACAGUGGACAACCGCUACAAGAGUCGCAUACAUUUGCUGGACGAUGCCGGCCAUCGUGGAUACGGUCAGGGUAGUAUAAACCUCACGAAUAUUCGCGAAAGCGAUCAGGGCUGGUAUGAAUGUAGGGUGAUCUUCCCCAAUAGAACGCCGAAUUCUAGAAACAAUGGCACGUGGUUCCACCUCGCCAUUGAUGGUGUGUCGCCGAUUGCGACGACUGUUCCAGGUGAUACUCUGCUAACAGUACCACCUGUCAAUAAGACUGCCAUGGAGGGCGAUACGAUCACUUUUGACUGCGUCGCUAAGGGCGAAGGGACAAUUAUAAACUGGUUUCGCGAAGGAGUAUCGAUACCCGAAAUACAGGAUCUUAGAAGAAGAGCGUCCACCGGCAGCGAUGGAACGUUGACGAUAAAUUCAGCUGCUAUGGGCGACCUUGGGGAAUACACCUGCGUGGUGACCGGGGACAACGGAGACCAACAAAGCGCUUCAGCCUUUCUCAAUGUACAAUAUAAGGCGAAAGUGAUUUACGCACCCCGGGAGGUCUAUCUCCCGUACGGCAAACCAGCCCUCUUGGACUGCCACUUCAGGGCGAAUCCACCCCUGACGAAUCUUCGCUGGGAGAAAGACGGAUUUCUCUUCGAUCCCUACAACGUGCAGGGUGUCUUCUACAGACGAAACGGAUCUCUCUACUUCAGCAAAGUGGACGAGACGCAUUCGGGAAGCUACAGUUGCACUCCGUACAACGAGCUGGGCACCGAAGGACCUAGCCCUUCGAUCUCUGUAAUAGUACAAAGACCGCCGGUGUUCACGAUAACGCCGCAACAUUUGUAUAUGCGAAAGUUGGGCGAGAGCCUGGAGAUUCCUUGCGACGCCAGAGACGGCGAUGAUGCGCAUCGACCUACUAUCGUAUGGUACAAAGAUGGAUCGCCUCUGUCACUUGACAGAAUUAUUGUAACCGGGGGUAACCUCACAAUAGAAAGGAUUCAAGAGCACGAUCGAGGACUGUAUCAAUGCGCAGCCAGCAACGAAGCAGCGACAGUUGUCGCGGAUGCUGAAUUAAUGGUACUGAAUGUCCCACCCAGAGCGCCGUACAAUCUAAGCGCCAACAGUAGCAAAAAUGCCGUCACUCUCACUUGGAUACCCGGAUACGUAAGGCCGAAAAUGGAAUACUCAGUAUGGUACAGACCUACGGACACGUCAGAAUGGAGAACCAUGAAGAUUGUCUCGAGGAAGAUUACAGAGGCGACGGUAAACAAUCUUAAUCCGGGACGAGAAUAUGAGUUCAUGGUAUUAAGCCAAGACAAGCACGGUGACGGGAUGUUUAGCAAAGCAGUUCGGGUAUUUACUCAACCAAGUUCUAUGGAUGACAACUCACCGUCAGAAUAUCGCAGUUCGCACGAAGAGAGCAUGGGACCACCGCUAAACGUAAGAGUUCAAGCCACAGUUGAGGGAUACUUAGUCACUUGGGAGCCACCCGAGUACGGCAAGAAUCAAGUUAGACUUUAUAGUGUGAGAUGGUUUAGAGGACCAUCUGAAUAUUUAUACGGAAGAGCAGAAACCACAGACACUUAUUAUCUAGUGAAAACUUUGGAGGAGGAAAGUUUUUACACUUUCGAAGUGGCGGCGAUGUCUGUUAUCGACGACAUCGCGAUCAGUGAUCGAGUCCGUUUGGAAGUGCCCGCUUACCGUCGCAACAGAGCGAUUUCCAUGGGAAUCGUCGCCGGUAUAGGGUUUUUAGCGGCUGCUCUAGCCGCUGUGUGGUGGGCGAGAAAACGCUUCUGUCAGCCAACCAACGAGAAGUAGCCGAGCGAACACGUGGGAAGCACAUGUGUGUACUCAAGCAAGAUAGCUAUUCGUGCGAGCUCAUAAUCGAUUAUAACUAUUCAUAAAGCUCGUGCGAACAGCCGCGAAACGAGUCGCUAUAGAGAGAAAUAGCAAUACGUUGCGUUCGUGAAUAAAGAGCACAGUCUUAACUCAGUGCGAAUCUGCUUUGAAGGUAUAGGUCUUCAAAGCUCGUUAAAAAACAGACGCGUAAAUAAGAAAUACAAUGUAAUAUCGAGUAUAUAUACAGCGGCGAUGAAGAGCGGAAUUAUUAUAUUAGGGCCACGGCUCUUGAACCACCCCUGUAAGCGAUUUUAUUUACCGAGCUCUAAUCUAAGUUAUUGUUGAGUGUUCUUGCAUCGCUAAUUAUAUCAUACUUUGUGUGUCGUUUAACAGUUUUAUUAAGUAAUUGCACAUUAUAAAUGACUAGACUUCAUAUGCGAAUUACAGGUCGUCGACCGUCAAUUACAAGAUCGUGUAUCAAAAGAAAUCAUGCAUGCUUGCGACACACAUUGCACAUUUUUUUUCUACUGUACAUAAAUUAUGUCCGCCGAUAUGCACGGAAGUUUUAUUUUUUUUCAUUCUUGUUACUAAGUGUACUAAUUUUAUUCGGCACACACACAUUGUCACAUAUACCUGUAUAAUAGUUUCAAUUAACAAUAAAGAGAAGUGCGAAGGUAUAUA